AUGAAGCACCGCACCAUCGUAACCAGAGCAGAACACGAGGUUUAUAUGAAGUUCACUCUUAAACUGUGUCCAUUUUGUGACUUUACGAACUUUAUUUCGCACAUGGUACAGAUCCAUGUUCGUAGACAUUUUGAAGCCGCAGUAAAAUACAAAGUGGGUCUGAGCGAACAGCACAAGUACAGUGUCUACAACUCUGGAGCAAAGAGGUUUGGAACUGAAUCCUGCAUUCCAGAGAGCCCUGCCUUGAAAGCGGAGAGGAUUUGUGACACAGCAAAAAGAAAAGAUCCCACAUCGAUAUCUUCAGCUUCUUCAAACAGAGGGUCUCUUCCAAACAUGGAGAUUGUAAACCUGAUGGAUGAUAUGAACAAGCCAGCAGUUACAGCUGAAUCAGAACUUCAGUGUGGAAAUGUCAAGACAACUUGUCCAGUAAAAGAAAGAAAAGGUCAGAGGACUUCUGCUGUGAAGCCUAAAACAGUUGUGUGUGUGCACUGCAAUUUGACACUAUUAAAAAACAACUUAAGAAAGCACAUCCAGAGACGACACACUGAAUGCAGAGAGACUGUAUCAUCCACAAGGUAUUUAAGAUGCCAGUGUGUUGACGGCAAAAAUGGAAUUUUUGCUGUUGAAAAGUCUUUCCAUGGUGUAUCUACUCCAAUCCAUGUCCUGAAAAAUACCUGGGGACAAUUACAAAGGUCUGAGUGUGAAUUGGAUGAGUGCUGCAUUACCAGAGACUUUGCCCACAGAAGUGGCAUUAAGCCAUUUGAGUGUGACCACUUGCAGUCUUUAUCCUAUUGUCCACGUGUUGGUCAAAUACAGACUGAUCUUGCAGAAGAAACAUUGUGUAUGAUGGUUGACCAGAAGUGGUUUGGAGAAGCAAGGAAGCAUCAGUUAAUUAAUCUGAAGAAGGAAUCUCAGGCAGAAGGAGUUCCAUUGUCAGUUUCUGUACAACUAGGAGACCAGCUUAAAAUUGUGCAUGUCUGUGUUUGGAAAAAAAAACACUCAUAUUACAGCAGACAUGGCCGAGUAAUGGUCUCCUAUGAUGUUAAGAAAAACUCCUGGCACUGCCCUUGCUCAAUGCCAAGGAAAUCCUGUAUUCACAAGGCUGUUUCAAAGUGGCAUCUCUUUCACCAUCACAAAGAGUUGUUCAAGAAGGUGAAAAGUGUGGAGGAAGUUCCUCCUGAAUCACCUGAAGGAAAAAAAGAUGACGACAGCUAUCCACCAUCUGACUCUAACAUCAAAGAAAUGAUCCACUACAUGAUGGCACACAAAAAACUUCCUGGUGAGCUUUCCAAGACCUUACUAGAUCAUUCAAGAGAUGUAAAGUCCAACCAGUCCUUUCCAAGACAUCUGGUGCCCACAGAAUUGAAAUGUACGAAGUGCAGAACCCAAAGCUUAUGUGAGCUAAGACUCAUCACUAAAGAUGCCAAGAUACUGACGUUUUCUGGUGUAAUCCAAGGAAUAUCUACUUACUACAGACAGUGCCCAAACUGUGGAAUGACAUAUAGGUACCAAGAGUGGUCAGAUGGGAUACAUAAUUUCAAUGAUCACAUUCUUUUAUCAUUGCACUUGUGCAUGUUCCUUAGAAACUCAAUACAGAAUAGUACUGCUGUAAGUAGGGUAAUGGAAAUAAUACAUGCAACUGAAGGUGGACCUUUCCCUAAACAUGAACUUGUCCUACAAGCUUAUUUGCACUUUGAGGCCAUGACAGAACUAGAUUACAGUUACAAUUGUGUUACCUGUGGGCACUACCCUAGUGUAGUCAUAAUGGAUCUGCACAAGAAGGGAGCCUUCGGCAUGCCUCUGAGUGAAAUUGACCCCCCUCCACCAAAUUAUGAUGGCCAUGUGGAUAGUGAGAAGUUUUGGGAGGCAGUGACAGUAGAGAUGAUAAGCCGGGGUUUUUAUACAAGUGGGAUAAAGAACCCCUUCAUUGUGCACCCAAGCUACAGCUUUUGGGCUCCAUGGAUUGGCAUUCAUACUAGGUCAUCCAACAUGGUUCUCCAUACAGAGUAUGCUAAGCUUCAUGUUUCACAAGACUCAACUGAGGAUGACAUACCACUUACAGAAGAAAGGCUUGCUGAUGAGCUGCUGAAUCUCCGGACUGAGGAAAUAAGGGCCCUAUGUAAGGGGUGUGGAAUAGAUAACAAAGGAUCUAAGAUGGAUUUAAUCAUCCGACUAAAAGAAAGGAUGUCAAAUAGAGUCACCUACAACAAAGUGUGGGGUGCAUCUGGUGGCUGGGCUGUUAUAACCUGCCCGUGUGGAGUUGUGUACUCUGUGAAAUUUAACAUCAGAGCAGAGAGCCCUCGCGAUUAUGCUGACCUCCUGCUUUCAUGGAAACAUGUACCAAAUGUUACUGUGUACGACUACCCAAGGGGUCUGGCCUCACAUGCAAACCAUCGUUCAAAAAAAUUAUUUCAUCCUUUUGAAGGUCGAUUACUGCAUCCAUCUGAGGAAAAUAUCAAGAAGGCAUCUGAAAAUGACUUGGAAGUCAGUUUGCCAUGGCUUAACCACCGAAAAGCAGCUGAUCAAGAUGGUCACCCUGUUACUGGUUCAUGUGACCAUUAUGUUUUAUGUGAUGUGUUCCAUCAGAACAAUAGUAAGGAUCUUAAGGAUUCCUUGAGAAAGACUGGCUUGGUCCCAGAACUUGCAGGAAAGAUAAACAGUCAGACAGCAGAGCAACUCUUUUCAGAUAUGAAGAAAAAUAACUACUUCCUGAACAUGAUGAAACCAUCAUCCCACAUUUUCCUGGCUAGAAAUAUUUUGCACCAUAAAAAUGUUGCACGAAACAAUAAGGUUGUGAAGCAGUUAAGAAAACUUACUGACGAGAACACUGAAUUACAGUUUGAUUGCAAUGGAAAGAUCAUUUUGGUGCAGCCAUGGCAGAGAGUCCUUGAUCCUCCAAAAAUAUUGAGUCUGGAUUAUGCGGUCAAAUUUCAGGUGCAGCAAUGGCUGUGA